AUGACUAUCACCAUCCAGUCGCUGAACAAGCGGCGCGCUGCAGGAACACCCGUCACCAUGAUGACCGCGUACGACUUCCUCACCGCACGCGCAUGCGACACGCACGGCGUCGACAUGAUCCUCUGCGGCGACUCCCUCGCGCAGGUCUGCCUCGGGUACGACAGCACAUCGCGCCUCACGCUCGACGAGAUGAUCCACCACUGCCGCGCCGUCGCGCGCGGCGCCUCCGCCCCGUUCCUCGUCGGCGACCUCCCAUUCGGGAGCUACUUCCGCGGCCCGAACGACACAGUGGCAGCCGCGGUGCGCAUGCUCCAGGAGGGCCAUGCUGAGGGCGUCAAAAUGGAGGGCGGAAUCGAGCUCGUAGACUCGGUCCGGGCGCUCACCCGCAUCGGUAUACCCGUUAUGGCGCACGUCGGGCUGACGCCUCAGCGGCACACCGCGUUGUCGGGGUACCGCGUGCAGGGGCGGACGGCGCAGGGCGCGAGGGAGAUCCUGCACGCCGCGCUCGCGCUCGAGGACGCUGGUGCAUUCUCGAUAGUGCUGGAGGCAAUCCCUCACGAGCUCGGCGCGUAUAUAACGUCGCGGCUGAAGAUCCCGACAAUUGGAAUAGGAGCCGGGCCGUGGACCAGCGGGCAAGUGUUAGUUUAUGACGACGUAAUGGCAACCUGGCUUGGUCACAAAGCAAAGUUCGUGCGGAGGUUCGCGGACGUCAGGGGCGAAGUGCAGAAGGGCAUUACGAGUUUCGUAGAUGCGGUGAAGGACGGCUCAUUCCCGAGUAUGGAAGAAGAGAGUUAUGUGUGGGUGCUCAGUGGUUGCGUUGCUGGUAGUGAAGUUAGGAGUAAGAUGGAGCCUUUAAUUUGGGUAAGCGAGAAGAUGACUGCCACACGGUAA